AUGUUGGACCAGGGGUCUGCCAAGGACGGCUCCAACACCAAGCAUCAACCAUCAACCUUCACAACCCCAGCCGUCUCGCUACGAAAGAUCAGCAAGACGGCACCCUCCAAGUCUCGCCGGCACCGCCCCUCCAACAUUCUCGUCUUCCCGCCGCCCACGCUGGCCGAGGAAAUCAUCAUCGUGAGGAAGACGCAGGAGGCCGCGUUCCUCCCGAGCCCCAGAAUUUACCACAACAGCCAUUUACUGCAGCAACGACUGCUCGCACGACCGAGACCCCAGCCCCUGGCCGCGGCGCAGAAGCGUCCCAGGAUCCUGCUCUCGACCAAGAACUUCAAGUGGGUCAAGACUGACGACGCCGUCUGGGUCAAGAAGCGACGAAUCGUCCUCAAGACGAAGGGCGUGGAGAAGAUGUACUCAUCGCGUUGA